AUGGCAAAGGUCGUUCCCAUCCCCGCUGUAGUGUCGCGACUGGAAUACACGCCCAAGGACGAGCACAUGCGACAGAAAGCCGCUAGCGCGUUUCUCGACCUAGACGACCCUGGCGGAAGCGGAAAGAGCGCAGGAAGCGCGGGAGGCGCGGAAAACGCGGGAAGCGGAGAAUACGCGGGAGGAGAGGAAUACGCGGAGGGUUCGAGGGUUCCCCUGACGAAGCGGGAGCUAUGGGGGUGGUACUCGUACAACGUUGCCGCGAACUCGUUCAGCGCCGUCGCUAUGCCGAUCUUCAUCCCGCUGCUGCUGCUCCUCCUCGCCGACGCGCAAGCCUGGAACGACUCGGGCGCCGCCAAGCCACCGCAGUGCACCGAUCUGAUCACCGCGGACUGCCUGCAGUGCGUGCCGGGGAAGGGAAACCAGCUGGUGACGUCAGCGGGGGGGUACAGCGAGCUGGAGCAGCCGCGCGUGCGGCUCGGCGCGCUUAGCAUCAACCCCGUGUCGUACGCGACGAUCGUGAUCGGCGUCGCCGUGUGCUGCCAGAUCGUCGCACUCGUGUCGCUCGGCCCGUUCACGGACUAUGGCCGCGGCAGGAAGCAGAUGCUCAAGGCGGGCACAUGGAUGGGGGCAGCGGCAUGCACAGCACUCCUCUUCAUGCUCACGCCCUCUCUCUGGCUGCUCGCCGGGGUGCUCGUCAUCAUCGCCAGCAUCGGAUACGGCCUCGCCACCGUCAGCUACAACGGCUACCUGCCCCUCCUCGUGCACGCCUCGCCCGAAGUCCUCGCAGCCGAGGCCAAGGCCGACCCAGAAGCAGUCGCAGCCGCACGGGAAGACGUGGAGAAUCGGUAUUCCCUCAUCGGGCUUGCGGCAGGCUGCCUGGGUGAUAUUCCCAUCACGCUGAUAGCCUUUGCGCUCACGCUUGUUUCCUCGGACGAGUCGGUUCAGAUGCGCGUUGCCACCGCGUUUUGCGGGCUCUGCUGGAUCCUCUUCGCGCUCCCCACUUUUCACUUCCUCCGUGCCCGACCGGGACCCCCGCUCCCACUCCCCGCUCCAUCCUCUGUGGGGAAUCACGAGGCAGAGGGGGCGCGGGAAGGCACGGACAGGGGCUGCUGGUCCGGCUGUAGCGGUGCCGGCUGCUACAGCUCGGGCGAGACCUGCCGGGGUUGCAGCUACAGCUGGGGGUCCAGCUAUAGCCGGGUGCGGUUCUUUCUUAGCGUUGUCGGGGCGAGCUGGAAAGGCAUGGGAGACACAUUAGCAGACGCGUACCGGCACCACCGGAACGCGCUCGUGUUCAUCGCAUGCUACUUUGUGUACGCUGAUGGGUUUUCCACUAUCAUCCAAGUGGGGGUUAUAUUUGGGCAGCAGGAUCUCUGCGUGCCGCCCGCAACACUCGCCAUCCUCGCCACCUCGGUUUCGUUCUGGGCGGCAGCCGGGAUGCCGGUUCUCUACCUCAUUCAAAGACGAACCAAGUGGAGCAACAAGACAAUGGCGAUGAUUGCUCUGGGCGGCAUGCUACCCCUGCCGCUGUGGGGCCUUAUCGGCUACUUCACAGACAGCUUCGGGUUGAAGCACACAUGGGAGUUAUUCGCAUACGUGGGGUGGUUCGGCCUGUGUCUGGGCCCACUACUGUCCUACUCACGUACGCUGUACGUGGACCUGAUGCCGACUGGCAAGGAGGGGGCGUUCUUUGCCAUCUACACCAUCAGUGACAAAGGCAGCUCAUCCUUUGGCCCAUUCGUCGUCGCCAUCAUCGCCCAGGUUUCUGGCACGAUCCGGCCCACCUUUGUGUACAUAUUCCUGGUCAUGUUCAUACCCCUUAUAGUCAUCAUCGUUUGCCUCGACCACAAGCAAGGUAUGGAAGACGCCGGGCGCAACAAGUUCACAACAAAGAAGACAUUGGAGGAUGGGAAGGAUGUUCCUAGUGCAUGUGGGGAGGGAUUGGAGAUUCACUCCUCUGCUGAUGCCCGAUCCAACGCCGCCCUGGCAAGGGCAAGGGGGGCAAGGGCGCGGGUGGAGCUGGCGGGGGCGGUGGGGGUGGCGGUGGAGGCGGCGGAGGAAGUGGGGGUGGCGGUGGGAGUGGUGGCGGGAGUAGUGGUGGUGGCGGCGGCAGCGGCGGCGGAGGCGGUGGCGGCGGAGGCGGUGGGAGCGGAGGCGGUGGUGGUGGCGGAGGUGGAGGAGGUGGUGGCGGGGGAGGUGGAGCUGGUCGGGGUAGUGCCCCGCAGCGGAGCGGCUCUGGUGGUGGUCCGCGGCAGCAGCAGCAGCAGCAGCAGCGUGCUCGGGACAUCCCCCCGCCUCAGCAGCUCCGUGAGUGCGGCCCCCUCGGGCGCCCUGUCAGGCCUGUAG